CGGGGCCGCACUUCGCUCGAGCGACGCCAUCUGGGUUGGUGCCGCGCGGCGGCUCCGGAGCAGAAGGGAGCGAGCCCACCCGCCGUGCCCCUUCCCCCCGGCCCGACAUGGGGCUCGCCUGCCGCCUCUCCGCGCUCGGGCUGCUGCUGGGCGCCCUGCUGGUAUGCACCCAGUCUCAAGAGCAAGAGUCUGUGUUUGCCAUUGUGGGAGAAGAUUUUACUUUUUCACCAAAAGUUAAUGGAACUAUAAGAGAAAUUACCUGGAUGAAAAGAAAAAAUAAAGUGGCUGAAUGGGAGCGUGAUGGGUUACCUAUGUAUUUUAGUUUAAGAGAGAGAGGAGAGCUUGAGACGUCUUCUGGCAAUUUUACCAUCAAAAAGUUAAACACUGAUGAUGCUGCAGAGUAUGAGGCACAAGUUCUGCCUAUUCUUGAUGACCAGCUCCAAUAUACAAAAUUUGUACUUGAAGUAUUGGCUCCUCCUCCACCAUCAGUAUUAAAUUGCAGCGUUACUGAUGGUCAGAUUAGAAUAUCAUGUGCAAUACAGUUCUCAAAGGAUGUGCGCUACAGUUGGUAUCGGAAUGACAGAAAAAUUGACGGUAAUGGUUCUGUUCUCGAACUUGAAGAAAAUGCAGACCCUUCAGGGGAAGUUUUGUGCAUCAGAGAAGUCUCCAAAACAAAAAUCAACGACUCAAUCUCUCUGAGUGCAUGCUUCCGAAAGAGUGAUGAAAGUAUUUCAAGAGGUAGAGAUGGUUUAAUAGCAAUUGUUAUUUUUCUUCUCAUUCUGUUCAUGGGCGCACUCUUAGUUCGGUGGAAAAGAGGUUUGCUUUCCAGCAUUCUCUGUCGGAGAGGAAAGCACUCAGCUGUAUAUAAGCCUGAAGAACAACACCUUACAGAUGAUAACAGAUUCCCGGAAGAAAGUGACCAAAAAGAAGAUCCUGAAUGUGAAAAUUCACGUGAUUUUGAAGUUGCAGUUCAUCAAUCAGAUGAAGCAACGAAGUUGGUGCAGAUAGAAGGUGUGCCAGCGAUCUUCCACUGCGUUAAUGAAAGCCAAACUGAGAAAGAGGAAAAGAAGAACUCAGAAGAGACUGUAUCAACGAGCCAGGCUGAUCUUUCCUCCAAUCCAGAGAAUCCAGACUAUGAAAAUAUCUCCAAGGAGAAUCAGAAGCCAGAGGAAAAGAACUCAGAAGAGACUGUAUCAACGAGCCAGGCUGAUCUUUCCUCCAAUCCAGAGAAUCCAGACAGUGAAAAUAUCUCAGACAGGAAUCUGGAGCCAGAGGAAAAGAAGAACUCAGAAGAGACUGUAUCAACGAGCCAGGCUGAUCUUUCCUCCAAUUCAGAGAAUCCAGAGGAGGAGAAGAACUCAAGACUAAAUCAAUGAACCUGCCUGACCUUCUCUUCAGUCAAGAGAAAACAGAUCUUAAACUGCAAAGUGAGGCACACUAACAACACAAUGGGCUAAACUUCAUUGCGGCAUGACAAAAGACGCUGAGAGAAGAACUAGCUUGUGGAUGUUGCCCAUGAGUGCUGGAGUUCUCCCUAGCAGAUGUGUUUUGAAGAUUCAUUCAUUUGUUCUCAAGCAUCAUAGACUAUCAGAGUUGGAAGGGACCUCAGAAGAUCAUCUAAGUCCAACCCCCUGCUCAAAGCAAGACCAAUCCCC